AUGGUGAAAAAAGGGAUCGAAGAAUGGCAAAGACAACAACAGUGGUGGAGUUUUCGAAUCGAGCCAAUGGAAGAAACUAAGAGUGGUUAUAUAGUGAAAGUAGAAAAAGAUGAAUUCUUCCCUGCAGAUCUUCUAUUGCUUUCAUCCAGCUACGAUGAUGCAAUUUGUUAUGUUGAAACAAUGAAUCUUGAUGGCGAAACACAGAUUCCAAGCUUCGAAGCACAGAUUACAUCUAUGGCUCCCCUGCAACUACACCGGCCACCGCCUACAAACAUCGAUUGCAUCUUUUCUGCUUUCGUUCUCCACCUUCGUCGAGUCAACCAGGCAUCGAAGUGCUUCCCACUUUUCUGA